AUGGAGAAUAACAAAAUUGGAAAUGAUGUACAAGAUAUUUCGAAAUUAGUUAAUUUAAAAACUCUUAAUAUAAGUAUUAAUAAUAUUGGGAAUGAAGGAUUAAUAAUAGUAUGCAAUUUAAUUAAUUUAACAAAUCUUAAUAUUGAGAAUAACGAUAUUGGAGAUGAAGGUGUACAAGAUAUUUCGAAAUUAGUUAAUUUAACAAAUCUAAACAUAAAAAGCAAUGCACUUCGAAGCAAAGGAGCACAGGAAAUUUCAAAAUUAACUAAUUUAACAAGUCUUAAUGUCGCAGAAAACAAUGUAAUGUUAUCAGAAAAAAAUUUGUCCCGUAACAAUAUAACACACCAAAUUGAGAAUGACGGUAUAAAAUCUAUAUUUAAUUUAAUUAAUUUAACAAAUCUCAAUAUCCAGAAUAACGAUAUUGGAGAUGAAGGUGUACAAGAUAUUUCGAAAUUAAUUAAUUUAACAAAUCUUGAUAUAGGUAAUAACAAAAUUAGAGAUGAAGGUAUAAAAUCUAUAUUUAAUUUAAUUAAUUUAACAAAUCUCAAUAUCCAGAAUAACGAUAUUGGAGAUGAAGGUGUACAAGAUAUUUCGAAAUUAAUUAAUUUAACAAAUCUUGAUAUUUGUCAAACCAAAAUCGGAGAUAAUGGUGCAAAAGAAAUUUGCAAAUUAAUUAACUUGACGAAACUAGUUUGUUGGAAUACUGAUAUUGCUACUAAUAAUCAAAUUAACAUAUUAAAAAAUGAAAAGAAUCAAAAAUUGAAAUCUGGACUAAAGGAGAAGUAUAAUAAAUUGCUUGAAAUAAAACAAGCAAACGAAAAAGCAAUUCAGAACUACAAAAACCAAAAUGACAACUUGAAAAAUGAAAAUGAAGAGUUAAAAUCUCAACUAUGUGCUUUCGGGCCUGAAAUUAUACAAAUGCAAUCCAAAUACAAAAAAUUUAUUGAAAAACUUACAACUGAUCACGAAACAGAGCUGAAGAAAAUGAAGUUAGAAAAUGAAAAAAAGGUUAAAAUGUUAGAAUUCUGGUUAGAGUCACAUAAUUGA